AUGACAAGGAAUGACAUCGGUCGUCACGCAAGUUUCGGAGGUGGAGAUGUUCCACCAGUGGGAGAAAACAGGAAACAAAGCGUCGUGCUCGUUCAUGGGCUUGCUGGCAGCGCAGGCACCCUCGAAGCCCAGCGGCAAUACCUUCUAAAGGCAGGUUUUAGCUUCCAAUAUACAGGAUGGAAUAAAUCGGAUGUCUAUGGGACAACGUAUGGUAAUGGCGAAAGGACUCUCUUAUAUCAGGACAGCCUGAAAUGCGAGCACGUCAAGCAGAUCCGGUCAUUCAUACAAGCAGUAGCCGCGUACACGAAAGGACAAGUAGAUAUAAUUGGAUACUCUAUGGGAUCUCCUAUCUCAAGAAAGGCAAUACUUGGAGGAAAGUGCGUGGACACAGGAGAAUACCUCGGGCCACCUCUAACAGCUCUCGUUGACACAUUUGUCUCAGUAGCUGGUGACUCUUCACUACAACCACGAUACGAAGGACACCACAUCUUUUCGAUUUACUCUGAGCAAGAUGAAAUAAUCGGAUACCGCAACACGUGUGGCAGCAUCGCGGCCUCAAUAACAGGUGCCGACAAAGAAUUUGAGACAUUUGGCAGCCACGCGCAAGUGAUGGUGGAUUCUGUACCUAUGCAGGCUAAUCUUAUCGCCACGCAUCGAGCAGACGGUCGAUGA